AACGCCCCAGUAAAUGGACUUCCCUGGUUUCAGCAUACUCAACAAACUUCAGCAGACUUCCUGAAAGCUAGAACAGCUGGCUUGGCGUACCUCUGGUAUGUUUUGUUUGUUUUUCUAGUAAUAUAUAUCAAAAGGGAUGUAUUUAAAGCCCUCGGUGUUGGUACUACUAGCUGUCCCUAUCCUAGCAUUGAUAUCAUCAUCAGAAACAAUACCAUGUCUACAUUCUUGCUUCUCACAGAGGUGAUCUUCAUUUUUGGAAUAAAUAGCUUUGUCUUAACAGAAAAUAUAAGGUUGCAAAAAGAACUACAAGCCCCAUCGCCUAUCAAUUGCUUGCUGAGCAGCUGGAGUGAAUGGGGACCAUGCAAUCCCUGUGCCAAAGAAAGGUAUCGUUCAAGGAGUGUCCUGAGGUAUGGACAGUUUGGAGGAAAGGCAUGCCUGGAACCUCUAGGACACAAAGAAAGCUGUGAGCCAGAUGUCCCUUGCCAUGAGGAGGAAGUUGACUGUGGCAAAGACUUCCAGUGUGAAAAUGGACAAUGUAUAAAGGCAAGGCUUGUGUGCAAUACAGAAGAUGACUGUGGAGAUGCUUCCGAUGAAGUUGAUUGUGACAACUACCGCCCUGCCCCCUGUCGCAACCGUAUUCUGGACGUAUCAGAGCUUGGGAGAACUGCUGGUCAGGGUAUCAAUAUUCUAGGUAUGAAACCACAGGCAAACCCAUUUUACAAUGAGUUUUACAAUGGGGUGUGUAACAGAGUGCGUGAUGGGAAUAGCGGCAUAUAUUAUCGCAUGCCAUGGAAUGUCGCUGUGCUAAAUUAUGAGUCAAGAGGAGCCAAGAAUUUCAGAGCUGAGUACUAUGAGGACCAAGUGACAUCCCUGAAAGAAAUGCUAAGUGACACACACAAGUCUUUUAAAGCAGGCCUCUCUCUCAAGAUGAGUCCCACUGAAAUACCAAAGUCAAAGAUUUCCAUGUCCUUUGAUAGCAACAUAGGCUUCACAUUUAAUAAUUCCAACAGCAUCAGUAAUUUCUUGAGGAAAUCCAAAGGAAAGAAACAACUAUUUCUACAUGUGAAAUCACGCAUUGAGCUUGGAACGUUCAGAAUGAGAACACGUGAUCUUCGUCUGAAUGACUGGUUCCUUGAUGAUUUAAAAGAAUUGCCCCUUACGUAUGACAAAGGAGAGUAUUUUAAAUUUCUGGAAAUGUAUGGAACUCAUUACGCACGGAGUGGAACUUUUGGAGGAAAAUAUGAACUAUUAUAUGUAUUGGACAGUGAAACCAUGAAAAAAGAAGAUGUUACCAUAACAGAUGUAAAGUCAUGUCUGGGUUAUAACGUAGAUUUUGGCCUAACAGUUUCUGUUGUUCAAGUCAAGCCAUCUCUUUCUGGUGAUAAGUGCAAACCCAAUCGAGUGAAACUAGGUAAUGGCAAAACUGAAAAUGCAAUAAUCAAUGAUGUGGUCACUAUAGUUCAAGGAGGGAAGACUGCUGUUUUAGUUAAGCUGAAGGAAAAGUUAUCCACAGGUAGCAGGGUUAUUGAUGUUGAAGAUUAUGUCCAAUGGGCAGCUACACUCCCUGAUGCUCCUGCAAUAAUAUCACAAGAGCCAUCCCCAAUCUCUGAGCUUGUACCCUUGAAAAUGCCUGACUCCACAAUAAAGAAACGGAAUCUUGAGAGAGCGGUUAAAGACUAUAUUGCUGAAAACAAUGUACGCAAGUGUCAGCCCUGUCAAAAUGGUGGGACUGUCCUGCUGAUCAAUGGACAAUGUGAGUGUGGAUGCACCCCUUAUUUCAAAGGAGAAGCCUGCCAGAUACGCACUGCGGCUUCUGCAAAAGGUAUUUGAUGGGAAAGUCUGAACACACAGUUGGAUCUAUGCACUAUGCAUCCUGCUUUUAAGGAGAUUUAAAAGAUAUACCAAAUAAUCAUAAUCUCAGUUUUGUAUUCAAAUUAAGACUCUAAAAUAAACUUUGAUAGAUGACACAA